CUCAUGUUUGACAAUUCCCCGCACAGUGGAACUUUUGCGUAUGUGAAAUACAUUUCGUGUUCUACGAAUCGUUCCAAUUUGGUGCGGAAUAAUUCCUAAUACGAUUCCUGCUGUUAACUGCCAUAACAUUAUGAGAAUGUUCUGUUGAGUGAACGAUUAUUGUUAGUGAUGGGUAACGAUCAAUCUCAGCUGAAAGGAUUGGAAAUCAGCAAGAAGGCCAUCCAGGUUACGGAUUUCUGGUCUGUUUACAAUGGUGAGAUUCCGACCGAAACGUCAGUGUCGUAUAUUACGAUUUUUCAAGGAGAAACACUGGUAACGGGACAGUUUUGGACAAAUCUGAACCCGCUGGAAAGGGCAAUCAAAAAUCUUAAAAUCUACCGACAUCCAAACAUACUGAAGUACAUUGCGUCAUGGAACAAGGGUUCGCUGAAAAUGUUGGCCACAGAACGGUGCCGACCACUGGCCACUUGUUUGAAUAUCACAAGCGACGUUCAGAUUUGUUUGGGCCUGCGGAACAUUCUGUGUGCGUUGAUUUUCCUAAUAGAACAAGCGAACGUUCGCCAUCUGAGCAUUAGCAUGUCAUCUAUAUACGUUACCGAAGACGGCGCCUGGAGAUUGGCCGGCUUCGAACAUCUGUGGGCAGUGGAGGAAUUCAACCUGAAUCUGCUGGAAAAAGCUCAGCCCUACAGAUACGGCAAGGCAAUUGAUCCGGACGAGUUGAAAAACAAGGGCCAUGGCGUGGAGCAGUUCGCUUUUGCGAUAAUGUGCGAGGAAAUUUUGCAUAACAAAAGUGACAGUAACAUUCCGGCUGUGGAAGAUUUUAAAUCUUAUUGCGCAACACACCUAAAACACGCAAAUGUUUCCAUGCGCCCUAAGUUGUCGGCUAUUUUGCUGCAUCCGCUGUUCAAUCAUGAUUUUAUCCUAAUACAUUCCUUUUUAACUGAACUUCCACUAAAAAGUCCGCAGGCGAAGCAAGAGUUUUUCACCGGCUUAGCGGAUCGUUUGCGAACGUUCGACCCGGAGACAGUCGCCGAGCAGAUGGGAUCGUUGCUUCUCUCUCGGAUAGUGUUGCUCGAUACAACGGCCCAACUUUGUGUCACUCCACAUAUUAUGCGACCCAAAACCGAUGAUUUGUCUCCAGAUUUGUUCGCGGCCAAAACAUUUUCGGCUUAUAUUAUUCCUAAAAUAAAGCAAGUGUUCUGCGUUCAAGAUGCCCAGAUUCGGUUAACACUGCUGGAGUACUUCCCAGCGUAUGUUGACUUCUUCAGCAAAGAAGAGCUGAAAGAACAUGUUCUGCCACAGCUGCUCUUGGGCAUCAAGGACACAAAUGAUGUUCUAGUGGCGAAAACGUUGCUAUGCCUUGCCGAUUUAGUUCCUAUUCUGGGCUCGGCAGUAGUGAUUGGGGGCAAUCGGAGUAAAAUAUUUGCCGACGGUCGACCACAAGGAGUGCCCGACCAAUCAAACCCAUGGAGCGGAGUUCGCUCAAUCACUCCGGUGUUGGGUUCGGGAGAAUUUCUCUCAGGAAGUCCCACCCCAGGUGGAAGCGGCGUAGCCAUUGGAGACAACAGUGUAUCGUUCUCUUCAAUGGUGAACGGAGGUGAGUUUAACUUCAUGCCCGAGCGGUUGUCUCCCGAGGGAGAAGACAUUUACCAUACCAACAGCGAUGUGGAGCUAGAAGUGGAUGAGUGGAGUGAUUGGGAGAAUGAUUCCAACGAACAAACUUCUAGCAACUCUGUCAAGAAAGUCGAAGAGCCUGAAUCGGUUAGAAAUGAUCAGAUCACUGCCAUUUCCAAAGUUGAGACUAUUCCACCACCCAAGGCUGGUUCGAAUCAAACAGCCGGUUUGCCACACAACAAACCGGAGCAGAAAGAUCCUACGAAGGAUAAACAAUCCGUCCCACCGCGGCAGGAGGAGAGUAUAGAAAAUUUGGACAUCAAAACGCAAACAUUCAAAAAGCUGGAAUCAAGCGCAGAUGAGAUGGACUUUUUUAAGGACAUGGAACCGGUUAUCCAAAAGGCGAACGUAUUGUUGAUCAAUGAUGACGAAGAGGUUAACAGUAAUGAAAGUGUCCCGUUAACAUCGGGCCACAGCUCGCACCGAGCGGGAUUGGAGCCAAAGGUGAAGGAGAAGGAUUCCCCGCUGAUUGCUAGUACUAGGUUCGAUAUCAAAGCAGAGGAUCUAGCAGAUAACGAGGAUGGGUGGGAUGAUGAAGAGAGCGAGUGGUAAACGUUCUGUUAGUUGAGGUCAAAAUAGGUGUUUGUAUAGUUUUUUUUAACAUGCCUGUCUAGUGUUAACAAUCGGCGAACUUAUUAUGGUGUCAUGACGAAUAUCCAAUAAAACUAAGUUUGACAUACAUAACGAA